AUGCAUCAUAGACAGCAUCAGGGCCCAGCUGCAGCAGCAGCAACAGCAGCAGGAUCUGCUGCUGCUGCUGCUGGGCAAUGGGGCAGCAGCAGCACCGUCUCUUCUCGUGUUGCUGCACUGCUUGCUGCUGCUCGCCAUGCCCCCUUCUCAGCAGCAGCAAAAAAAGCAAUUAAGCUGCUGGAGGCCCCAACUGCCUUUGCAUGCAGCAGCGGCUUGCGCAAGCUGAAGCAGCUGCUGCUGCAGUUUGCACAUCUACAGAAGGAGAGACAGGUUGCGUUAGAGCUGCUGCUGCUUGCUCUAGAACAUGGGUCCCUCUCGGGGGCCCCACAGCAAACACCUGCUGCUGCUGCUGCUGCUAGUGCUGCUGUUGCUGUUGCAUUCAGUGGGGAGCAGCAGCUGCCCUGCGCUGCGUUUCUGCAGCCGCCAGCAGCAGCAGCAGCAGCGGUGCAGCCUGCAGCAGCAGCAGCAGCAACAGCAGCAGAUGAAUUGCUGCGCCGCACCUGCCGCAGCGAAGCCUUAGCAUGUCUCCUUGACCUUAUUGAGGAGGGGGCCCUAGGGGCUCAGCAGCUUACUGAUGCACUGCAUGCACGCCUUGCUGCUGCUCGCAGCAGCAGCAGCAGCAGCAGCAGCAUUGAGCAGAUGCUGCCACCGAAUAUGCAGCUGCUGCUGGUGCAGCGACUCCUCGAUCUUGCGCUUCAAGACAAAUUGCUGCCCGCUUCACCGCAGCAGCAGCAGAAACAGCAGCAGCAGCAGCAGCAGCAAGUGUUGCGGCUACAGCAAGCAGCAGCAACAAUUCGUGAUGCUCUUGUGAGGCUAUGCCACUUCUGCCCCCGUCUCUGUCUUGCUGCUGUUGAGGCUGUUUCCUGUCUCCUCGAGACAACAGCAAGCAGCAGCAGCAGCAGCAGCAAGAGCAUCCCUUUUGUUGCGUUCAGCAGCCUGCUUGAGCCCACCUUGCUGGUGUCUCUGCAGCUACUGCUCGGGUACAGCAACAGCAGCAGCAGCAGCAGCGGCAGCUGUUCUCUGCUUCUUCUUGCUGUGAAUCGGCUGCUGCGCUGCACUGAGCUGUUGGGGAAGGCGGAGCUGCAGGAAGCUGCCCACCAGUUGCAGCAGCAGCAGCAGCAGCAGCAACAGCAGCAGCAGCAGCAACAGCAGCAGCAGGGCACAAGGAGCGACAGAUUGCUGCAUCUAGCUUUAUCUAUUUUAGUGCGGGUGCGCGAUGUUGAGGUAUUAAGCUGCUGCUUGUCUGCUGCCCUGAGAACAGCUGAGCCUUCUGCUGCUGCUCUUGCUGCAUUGCAGCAGCAAACCGCAAGCAGCAGCAGUAGCAAGAGCAGCAGCAGCAGCAGCACUGACGGCAGCAGCACGGAAGCCUGCUCGAGAUUGCUGCUGCAGCUGCAGCAGCAGCAGCAGCAAGCGCGAGCGGAGCGCCUCCUAUGGGAGUGCGCCUGCGGUCUGUACACCGCAAGGGAGCAGCAGAAAGACCCCACAACUUUGCUGCAGCAGCUGCUGCGGUGCCUCAAUCUUUUUUCUCCUUUAGAGGUCCACAUCCCUUCAACCAGCAGCAGCAGCAGCAGCAGCAGCAGCAGCAGCAGCAGGCUUUCAAUUGGACUGUGGCGAGUCAGCUGCGUUUCUGUGGGGUGGUUGCUGUGGAGUGAAGCAGCAACAGAAGCAAGUGCUGCGCCGUUGUUGUUGCUGCUGCUGCAGGCUGUUGAUCGCUUGGUGCAGCUGCAGCCGCAGUUUCUCCCUUCCUUCACCAGCAGCAGCAGCAGCAGCAGCAACAGCAGCAGCGAUAGCAGCAGGUGUACUAGCAAGGCUUGCCUCUACCGUGAGCAGGCCCUACGACGCAUUUGCUGCUUCUCUCCAUUGCUGCUGCUGCUGCUGCCGAUAGUUACGCAGCAGCAACUUGCUGCUGGAGCCGGCUGCUGCAGCACCAAAUUGAACGCCACGCUGCAGCAAACCGCCCGCAGCGCCCGUGCGCUGCUCUGCUCCGCAGCAGCAGCAGCAGCAGCGGCAGCUGUGUCCUCGUUAGAAGCAGCAGCAGGCGAAGAAGCAGAAGGAGGAGCAGAAGCAAAAGGAGCAGCAGCGGCUGGUGCUGCAGACGUUCCCCGUAGCUGCAGCUGCAGCAGCAACUGCAGCAGCAGCAUUAGCUUGGAGGAGCUGUUUGGGGUGGAGAGGAUAAUGCUGCAGAGCAGCGGUGCUGCAGCAGCAAUGCCACUCGCUUUAGCCUUGUGGGGUUUCCGUGUCUUAGAUAGAGGUGCAGCAGAACAGCUGCUGGGUCCUGCAGCACUUGCUGCAGCUGAGCAGCAGCAGCAGCAGCAGCAGCAGCAGGAGGGGGCUGGCGUUGCUGCGGACUCCGCAGCGGCAGGAGCAGCAGCAGCGCAGCAACGGCUGCUGCUGCAGCAGCUGCUGCAGAGAGAACACAGCGAAGAGCUGCAUAGCUCAGCCUUCCUUCUGUCUCUCCCUAGCUCGCUGCUGCAGCAGGGGCCCUACUCUUAUUUGCUGUCUUGCUGCUUCCUUGCUGAGUCUAUAAUAGAUAGACAGCAGGCGCUUGCUGCUGUUGCUACACUUAUUGCUGCUGCACCUGCUGCUGCGCUGCAGCUGCUACCCGCCCUCCACUUUGCUGCUUCAAGGCCCCCCACGGCCCCAGUCGUGAGGACACUACUUCAAUGGAGGACCCAGCAGCAGCAGCAGCAGCAGCAGCAGCAGCAGCAGAAAGAUCAGCAGCAGCAUCCGUUGCUUCCAGAUGAAUUUAUCUUUUUCGAUGGAGACGAGGCGCUGGCAGCAAAGGCCAUUGCUGCUGCUAGCGCAGCAACAGCAACAGCAACAACAACAGCAGCAGGAACAGCAGCACCAGCAUUAGCAACAGCAGCAGCAGCAGCAGCAGAAGAUGAACGGCGGCAGCUUCUCCGCGGACUCAGCCACAUCUUCGCUCUUUCUCUGCAGGCCCUCGCUUCCUUGGGAGUGCACAAAACAGCGGUGCUGCCGGCUUACAGGGCCCUAACGGACCUGCUGCCGCUGCAGCAGCAGCCGCAGCAGCAGCAGCAGCAGCAGGAAGCGAUGCAGCAGGGGGCCCUUAUGAAUGUUGCACAAGACGAGUUGCUCUGCAAGGCAAAGGAAGUUUCUGCUGCUUCGGUUUGCUGCUGCUGCAGUGUGGUGUAUGGCUCUGAAGCCUCCGGUGUGGGGUUGCGCUGCUGCAGUCGCUGCUGCUGCUGCAGCAGCUGCUGCUGGUGCAGCAGAGACCCGUUGGGGGCCGUUGCCUGCUGCCUUCAGCCUGUUACUCCGCAGCAGCUGCUGUCUGUUAAUAGCAGGUGGUAUCUCUUAAUGCGGGGACUUGUGCGUCUUGCUGCUUUCGAUGAGCUGCCUCACUCCAAGCUUGCUGCUGCUCCUGCUGCUGCUGCUGCUGCAGCUGGUGCUGCUGGUGAUGGUCUCGGUGCUGGUGCUGCUGCAGCAGAUGCAGGCCAAGCCAAGGGAGAGGCAGAAGAAGGAGGAGUAGCAGCAGGAGGUGCUGCUGCUGCUGCUGCUUCUGCUGCUGCUUCUGCUGCUGCGAUUGAUGCACCGUUUGUUUUACCUAAAGAGGCUUCGCCGCUGCAGCAGCUGCUGCUGGCAUACUGCCUGCAGCAGCUAGAAGCAGUAUCUCCCCGUGCUUUGCUGCAGUUCUUGCCGUUAAUGGAGCAGCUGGUGGUGGGCUGCUGCAGCAGCAGCGGGUCCCAGCAACAGCAGCAACAGCAGCAGCAGCAGCAGCAGCAGCAGCAGUGGCUGCGAGACUAUGCAUGUGGGGUUACGCUGAGUACUUUAGGCCGCCUCUGCAUGCAGAGAUAUCUCGAAGCCCCAAAAUUUGUGCGAGUGCUGCGGCGGAAGGCCCCGAUGUUGUUCAGCGCGUUGCAUGCAUCUGCUGCUGCUGUUGAGGGUUUUCUGCUUAUUCUUUAUGCUCUUUCCCAAGACCUAGCUGAGCAGAUUGAAUACGAGCAGCAGCAGCAGCAGCAGCAGCGCCUUGAGGCGCCCUCGCAGCAGCAACAGCAGCAGCAGCAGCAGCAGACAGAGAGCGGGCUGAGUGCAGAGUUAGAGACGCAGGUGCAGCAGCAGCUGCUGCUGCUGCAGGAAACAUCGGAAGCAGGUUCUGCUUUUGCUCGAUGCAUAUCUCUCCAAGCUGCGUCUCUAAUACUGGGGCCUUUAUACGCAGCAGCAACAGCAGCAGCAGCAGCAGGAACAACAGCAGCAGCAGCAGGGGGCCCCCUUAGGGUUGCUGCUGGCGAAAGGAAUACAGUCAGAUUUGCAUGCAGAGAAGGGAUUGAGGCAGCGCUGCUGCACCUACCAAUGAAGCAGCAAGAAAUAAGAGGUGCUGCUGCUCUUCUUGCUGCAGCAAUGAAGAAGGAGCGUAUCUUUAGGGGUAGCUCGGGGGCCCCCACAGCAGCAGACUUGCAGCGGCAGCAGCAGCAGCACAAACUAGGGACCCUUCUAGCCAGAAGAGCAUCUGCUGCUGCUGUUGAUGCUGCAGCAGAAGCACACAGCGAACGAGCGCUGCUGCGGCUGCUGCUAUUCUCCGGCCCCAGAGCAGCAGCAGGCAACCUUAGUGAGGACAGAGGUACGCCCUGCUGCUGCUGCUGA